AUGCUUGCAGCAGCAGUCCUUCUACAAGUGGUGGUGUCCUCGAAUGGCCAAUGGUCCGAGUCGAAGAAACUUGGAAGCUUUGAUACUUGGAAGGGAGCUGCCAUGUCAGCAGACGGCACCAACAUGGUGGCCAUGACUUCCACGUAUUUGUACACGAGUGCUGAUGGUGGGACAACGUGGGAGGAAAGCAACAGCUACAGCUCAGACUGGCGCCACGUCGCUAUGUCAUCUUCUGGCAACAAAGCGGCCGCCGUCUCUGAGUUCUACUUGGCUGUUGCUAGCCUUCCCAAACCCACGUACCAAACUCAGGUGCCCUGGGAGCUUGGUUCAAGUUCAGACGGGAGUCUCGGAAGAAAUUGGGCGGGAGUUGCCGUGUCUGCGGACGGCACCAAGCUUGCGGCCGCGUCAAACUGGGGCGGGCUUUGGUUGAGUUCUGAUGGUGGACAGACGUGGAGUGUCGCUGCAGGUGCAGGACCAUCCGACCGCGAGUUGUGGCAGGAAGUCGCCAUGUCAUCGGACGGCAGCAUACUUGCAGGCAACAUCAUGUGGAAAGGCGUGUGGAUGAGUUCGGAUGGUGGCACAACCUGGAGCCAAGUGCUUGCCGUAGAACAAGAGUUUAAAAGUCUUGCCAUGUCAGCAGAUGGCACGAAAAUGGCAGCCCUCAGCCUCGCUUACCGGCACCCCAUCUGGCUGAGUUCCGAUGGUGGUUCGAGUUGGAACGAAGCCAAAGUUGAUUUCGAGGCCAAUAGCAUUGCCAUGUCAGCGGAAGGCAUCCGCAUGGCAGCUGCAGUGAGCAAUGGAUUCCAAGGUGCACUCUGGAUGAGCGAAGAUGCAGGUUCGACUUGGGCGGAAAUCUCAUCACCAGGGCUUCCUGCAAGAGAGCCAUGGGUACACGUUGCCAUGUCUCCGGAUGGCAGCAAGAUUCUCGCACACAUUGAUUCCGGCGACGUAUGGCUGAUCUCCCGGUCAUGCGUUUCGAGCGCCGUGGCACCGGCAAUGCUUGUGAUGAUUUUGCUGCGGCAUUUCUGCUGA